GGAGUAUCAAUCCCUUUAUUCUUUCUUUCAUUCUUCCUCCAAGGUCUGGUGCUGGUGCUGGUGCUGGUGCUGGUGCUGGUGCAGAGUCAGUCACCGCCGCAGACAGUAGCCAUGGGAGUGUUCGCUGGAACCACCGCUGCUGCUUGUGUCACAUCCUCUCUCGCACUCACACCAACAACACCAUUCUCUUCUAACAAGAGAACAACCAUCACCACUUCAUCCUCCAAAUGCAGAAUUCGAGCCACCCAUCACCAAAACCUCACUGCAUUUCCCUCAACAUCCCAUCUUUUCUACGCUAAAUCCCUCCGCACCACCAAACCCCGCAUUUUCCUUCCACACUUAAUUGCUUCUCUGGAACAGGUUGACCAAACUUACAUAAUGGUGAAGCCUGAUGGCGUGCAGCGUGGCGUUGUGGGAGAUAUUAUCUCUAGGUUUGAGAAGAAAGGGUUUAAGUUAACUGGCUUGAAGCUCUACCAGUGCUCAAAAGAUUUAGCUGAGGAGCAUUACAAGGACUUAAAACUAAAGUCAUUCUUCCCUAAGCUGAUUGACUAUAUUACUUCUGGUCCUGUUGUGUGUAUGGCUUGGGAGGGUGUUGGUGUAGUGGCAUCAGCACGCAAGCUUAUAGGGGCUACAGAUCCUCUUCAAGCUGAACCUGGCACAAUAAGAGGAGACCUUGCUGUUCAAACAGGAAGGAAUAUUGUUCACGGCAGUGACAGCCCUGAGAAUGGCAAGCGUGAAAUAGCUCUCUGGUUCAAGGAAGGUGAAUUAUGCGAAUGGACUCCUGUUCUAACACCAUGGCUAAGAGAAUAGUAAAAUCACGGACGCCCAAUCACAGAUACAAACAGUUUCAUGGUUCAAUAACAUGAUCCAUUGUUUCCAGCUGUCAAUGUAGCAUUACAUAUUUCAAUUAGCUUUUCAAGUCUGAAAAGUUCAUCUGUAAUUUUUAUAAAAUUUUGCAAUUGCCUGAGAUUCAAGUUCAUACCAUUUUCUUUUGCGUGCGUGCUUACAUGAAGUUGCUGCAACUAAAUAAAAUUCAGCAUACUGAUGACA